AUGGGUUUUUAUGAGCUUCUUUGCAUUUCUCGAGCUAAUUUAAUGGAGGCAAAUUUAAAGAAUUUAGUUAAAAUUACGGCCAAAUAUGUAUUAGAACAGGGUGGUGUUGUUAGAGGCUUUGAAAAUUGGGGAACUAUGCCAUUAGCCAUAAGAACACGAAGGCAUCAAGGAUAUCAUAAUGAUGGACAUUUCUGGUUGAUGCAUUUUGAUACCAAUCCGUUGGUGUUGGCUAAAAUAAGGAAAAAGUUAAAUUCAGAUCCUCGAGUAAUUCGUUGUAAUAUUGUAAAACUCGGACAAAAAUUAGAAGAUAUUGUAACGAGGCCGGACAAAACAUAA